CCCAUACUGCUGGCGUUAGUAGUGAUGGCUUCCUGACCUCAGGACUCGCUGUUACUCCGUAACAGAGUUUCUAAUGGCGACACAAGCAGAAAACGGCCGAAAACGAAGCAUUUUUCGCGUCGACCAAGAUGCGGAUUGAAGCCGUACUAGCGUCAGACUCAGAGCCAUUGAGCAGUCCAGAGCUGGCCGACGCGAUCAAUACACUCGGCAAAAAGUCUGCUAUCGCCCAAGCUCUCUCCCAUGAAAUCACCUCCACCGAUCUCUUUGCGUCUUCCGCGGCAGCAGAACAGCGACAGACUCUGCUGCUGGCUGUCAAUGAUGACGAUGGUGCUGUCAUGGGCUUCCUCAAGACCGGCGUCAAGCACCUGUUCUAUCUGAGCCCUAGUGGAAACUACACGGAAAUGGAUCCAAUCUGCGUCUUAGAUUUCUACGUAGACGACACCUGCCAGCGCCGUGGCGUGGGGUUGCAGCUCUUCCAGCGGCUUCUGCGAGAGGAGAAUAUCACGCCUGCCCAGCUAGCGUACGACCGACCGUCACCUAAGCUCUUUGCCUUCCUGAAGAAACACGCCGGUCUGACCGAGUAUUUCCCACAGCCCAAUCGAUUCGUAAUUUUUGAUGCGUAUUUCCAACCCCGUCAGUAACGGAGACAAUAAAAUAUGUGACUGUGGUUGCUGCUAGAUCGCACUCACCUCAUUGCACUGGCUUCACUCGCCAAUUGAGGCCAGGAACGCCUCCACCUUGGUGUCUGCAUCGCUUGGAUUUUCGGCUGUGGCCUGGUCAAACCGCGCCUCGAUCUUCCGUCCAGCAAACCAUCGCCCGUUCAUCACUUUCAGGCACGCGAUCGCGGCGUUCAGCUCGGCAAAGCGCACGACCACCGACCCAUCUGCAACAAUAUGAAUGUGCUCUACAGCUCCAUGUUUGCUGCACUCAGCCCGCAUGUCUUCUUCCAGAUCGUCGAAGAAUUCAGCAUCGCUGCCUUCAAGUGGAUCCCAAACAUGCUUCAAAAUGAUCGAGCACGAUGGCAAGUCGAGUUGUGCUGAGUCUGCUUUUGCCUCUUCACAUGAGGCCAGCACGUUUGUUGUAUGGGAAGCGACUUGAGCUGCACCAGUAUUCUCCUUGCUCUCCUCUUUCCCAGUAGGUUUCGUUGUCGAAAAAGUUGCUUCCGUUGCUCUGUAUAAAAGAAAGAGUGAGUUUCUUCCGAGCUGCUUUCACAUUACUAUAAUACACUUACGUGAUGACUACC